AUGGAAACUUCCUUAUCACCCUCUUCAGUGUUCAAUGUGAAGGUGGUGGCUGUUGCUGUAUUUCUGGCGUUGGGGUUUGCUUUUUAUGUGUUCUUUGCUCCUUUUGUUGGGAAGAAGUUGUUUCAAUAUAUAGCAAUGGGAAUCUACACUCCUCUGAUUACCUGUGCCUUUGGCCUAUAUAUUUGGUGUGCAGCUGCUGAUCCUGCAGACCCUGGGGUUUUUAGAUCUAAAAAGUAUCUCAAGAUUCCGGACAGCGAAAAGCAUAACCCAGAGAAGGAUUCGAAAAUCGGUGGAGGGUCAACUUCAUCAAUACAUGAUGCAAAUGCUUCUACAGUUGGAGGAAAAUCUCUGGAUAAAGAGGUGUUGGGUGCAGAUGCGACUUUUAAAGAAUCCAAUACUCAAAUUGAGAAGGUGCCAUCAGGGAAUUCAUCUUGUUUUCAGUGGGUUUUCUUUCCUUGUGCUUUUAUCUGUAAUCGCUGCAGUUCGAGCGAUGAAUCUUCUGAGCUACAGAUGAGUGAAGAUGGCAUGUUCUAUUGCAGUUUGUGUGAAGUUGAGGUUUUCAAGUACAGCAAGCACUGUAGAGUAUGUGACAAAUGUGUUGAUCGUUUUGAUCAUCAUUGCAGGUGGCUUAACAACUGCAUAGGCAAGAAGAACUACAGACAGUUUUUCAUGCUUAUGGUUUCUUCUCUACUCCUGCUUGUUCUACAAUGGUCGACUGGAAUCCUUGUACUUAUCUGCUGUUUUAUUGAACGGAAACGAUUCUCUGUGGAUAUCUCUGCCAAACUGGGAAGCAGUUUCUCUUUGGUCCCCUUUGUUAUUGUGUUGUCGGUGUGCACCAUUUUGGCUAUGAUUGCAACCCUACCUCUUGCCCAGCUUUUCUUCUUUCAUAUCCUCCUGAUAAAAAAGGGAAUCAGCACUUAUGAUUACAUAAUAGCUCUAAGGGAGCAGGAACAAGAGCAACAAGGUGUGGAGGGACAGCAGAGUGCUCAAAUGUCUCCUGCCAGUUCACUUACUGGAUUAAGCAGUGCAAGCUCAUUUUCUACUUUUCACCGGGGUGCUUGGUGCACACCACCUCGCCUUUUUCUGGAAGAUCAGUUUGAUGUUGUUCCUCCUGAGACUGGAUCUGUCAGCUCAUUAGGAAAGAAGACUAUUGGAGAAGAACCAAUCAAGAAAAAGAACCCAGCGGCAGUAAAGAUCAGUCCUUGGACACUGGCCAGAUUAAAUGCAGAAGAGGUUUCGAGAGCUGCAGCAGAGGCGAGAAAAAACAUAGAUAGCAGCUUUGGCAGCAGUGGCCGUCGGAUGGUCCCAAGGAUUGACAGUAAUAGAAGGAGAUCUAGUAAGCGAAUACGCUUUCCAGCUGACUUACCCAUGGAGUCUGUUACUAAGGCUUCAGGUAUAGCUCCUGAAAAAGGUUUCACUGAGACAUCUACAAGCUUGGCUCCUCUUCAGCUUGAGGCCCGUAGUGCUUUCCAAACAAGCCGAGCAAUGUCAAGCUCAGCUGGGGUUGUUGCUUCUUCUCCUGAGAGCAGUUUAGACUCCCCAGAUAUCCACCCUUUCCGGGUUUCCUCAUCAGGAGCUGAAGAGUCAAGGCGUCUCACAGGUUUAUCAAUAGCUGGUGCCGUUUCUCACAAUGUAUUCCCACUUUCAAGGUCUACUAGUGAUGGGUAUGAAGCUUCUGGUGGGGAAGAUAGUGACAGGGUUCCUUCCAGGAUUGCUGAUAGGUACUUUAGAAUGAACUGGCCACUCCACCUAUUGAUUAUGUGUUUGGCUUUGGAUUCUGGAAUCAAGGCCUCACGAGAAGAGAUGACACUGCUAGGCUUUGUUGGAAAUGGACUCUCAUGGAUGGUUUCUAUUGAAGAUUUUACUUUAACAUCCACAAAGAGUACCUCUAUUGUUUCUCCGGGUUCUAUCGAAGCUUGGGGAAGUUACAAUUUUAUGCUGAAUUGCAUUGAACAAGGGACUGAGGUUUUCCUUUUGGAUUCCCUCUUAGAUUCAAUGAAGUUGCAUGUUGCUAUGUUGUCUUCAAAGGAGCUGGACUGA